UUUUCUCUUGCGCGUGUGUAUGUAUGUAUGUAUGUAUGCUCAACAUUGACUUACAUAAGGAAAAAAACAGAACAGAAGAAGAAGAUCAGUUCUUGUUGACGAUGGACAAGUACAUUAAUCAAAUUUUCAGUUCCUCAUCGUGGUCAGAUGUCGAUGCGAAGGAAAUACCAUCUUGGGCAUGUUGUGAAUCUGAGCAACCGAAUGCAGCGCUUCUUGGUUCAGUAGUUGCCGUGGAUGAACAUGAGAACAAUAGUGCACCUACAUAUCUGACUAAUUCGAACAGUUUGGAGAGCUUGGUUGCUCAAGAUGUUUCAUCUAUUCUUCAAGAUUUUGCACCAGAUGCACAAGAUGGUGGAAAAAAUUGCCGGGUUCAAAAUAUUGGCAUGCACUAUGGUGUGGAUGGGAACAUGGUGAGAAUACCUCUUCGCUCCAUUGCACCGGAAAAUGCGGGAUGCGAUAGCUUCGAACCACCCCUCUACCAGGGAUUCAACGGAGAUUUUGAAACCCUUUCUCCAAUUUCUCAACCGUGGCCUCUUCAAUCUUAUGAGGGUGUUUCUCCUGCUCCCGCUUCUGGCAUGGGACAACGCAAAAUGUGCAGCUUUGGAAUAAAUGGAGAUUAUGGGGAUUAUGUCAUGCCAAGCGAUCCCAACAACCUGGCUGUUUUUGUCUCCACAGAGAAGGGGAUGCAGGACGUACAAAAUUAUCCUUUGCCUUCCUUCGCUUCUGCUCCUCGGAUGUCUGGUUUGCAGUCUUUACCACAGAAUACGUCAACUAACCCUGUUGGUGAAUGUAAUGGAAAUAGAAAGCUUCGAAUGAGGGCACGUCGAGGCCAGGCUACUGAUCCACACAGUAUUGCUGAAAGGCUUCGGAGGGAAAAAAUUUCUGAUAGGAUGAAGAAUCUGCAAGAACUAGUGCCAAAGUCUAACAGGACCGACAAGGCAUCUAUGCUUGAUGAAAUCAUUGAGUAUGUCAGAUUUCUUCAGCUCCAAGUCAAGGAACUAAGCAUGUGCAAAGUUGGGGCAGCUGGGGCAGUUGUCCCUCUCACCACAGACAGUCAAGCUAAGGUCGGGAAUGGUUUGCCGCAGUUUAGGACAGCUGGUGACGUUUCUUUUGACGAAAUUGCUUUAGAACAGCUGGUGAGGCUGAUGGAAUCAGAUGCGGACAAGGCAAUGCAGCAUCUCCAAAGCAAAGGUUUCUGCCUCAUGCCGGUUGCUCUUGCUGAUGCCAUUUCUGCAGCAAAGGAAUCAUCAUCGUCGUGGCCGUCAGCUCCCGUUCCUGAUGAUUGGAAGAAGAAGGAAACCUGUUUCACUGAUAUCGGCGUUGUUCAGAAUAACAGCCGCAGUAGCAGUAACAGCAGCAGCUCACCUGAUCAGAUAAAACGAGAAGUCAACAACAAAUUGGAUUAGUUACUACUUCAUGAAUUUAAUUUAAUUGAAUUUUUCUGUUUCCAUGACCUUUGUUUUUAA